CAACAGCAGCCACAGUUACAAGUUCAGCAACAGCAGCAGCAGCAGCAACAACAACAACAACAACAACAACUGCAACAACAACAACAACAACAACAACAACCGCAGCAACUGCAACAACAACAACAACAACAGCAACAACAACAACUCUACCAGCACGCCAUCACCGCGGCGACGAGCAUGAACGCUGCGCCAUCGUUGCGGCCCGUUACCGCGGCGACGCUCGCCAGCAUCCCGACGCUCACACCCGUGGGAAUGUCGAGCAUUCGCCCGCUGCUCGCCGCGUCGGCGCCCCCUACCGUCUCCGCUGCGGCACCGACGACGGCGAUGCCGGCGCCAUCUACAACGCUCGCGCCCUCUGGGGGUGCCGUGGCCGACUCUCAGCAGCGCUCCCUCGGCGUUCACAAGCCGCCGCUGCCGUCUUCCUCGUCACUUCUGACCGUCGCCAGCCAGCCGAUGGUCAAGCCGUCCAGCAUCAUGGCCGCCGCGGCCGCAGCAUCGACACCCUCCUCCCACGCGGGCGCCGUCGGUUCGGCAGCGCCACCCGGUGGCGGGGUAGGCGGCGGCGUCGCGCCGGGCGACAAUGGAAAG